AUGGACUUUUAUAGCGGAGAGUCUGCCCGAAACCAAAGAAGAAAUGCCCAUCUUUUAGCCACCAUGCAAAACGGAAACAGAGAAGAAUGGGAUUGCACAAUGCUUUUCUACGCCCUUCUUUUCUCCGAUAGUGUUGGGCCCAGUCUUAGCGCAACUGUGAGGAUGAAUGUGGAUGGUCUUAGAAAAUUCAGGAACGAAGAAUUUGCCCAUAUGAAACAAGGUAGUCUCUCCGACACAGAUUUUCAGAAUGCUGUUAGCAAAGUUGAGGUGGCAUUUUAAGUGCUUGGUCUUCACACUGUCAAAAUUCAAGAUUUAAAAAAUCAGAAAACGUUUCCGACAGAAGAAUUGCAACAGAUCCUCAAAACGGUUGAUGACCUUAAACAAGAAGUUCAAGAAAAAGAGGAUCAACGUCAGGUCCUUGAGGAUCAGCUUCAGAAAGAAACGCCAUCGUUUUGUAUUCUCCCUCCUAAACCUUCACAUGAUAUCAGUGGUCGUGAACACGAGGUGUCAGAAAUAGCCCAGCAGCUGAGGGCGCUAAAAGAGUCCAGUGACAACCAGCUGAGUUGUCUGUACAUCUCAGGGAAUCCUGGAAGUGGCAAAUCACAGUUAGCUGGCCUCGUAGCUAAGAGGGUCUUUGACGAUGUAAAAGAAAUCCCAGGCAAUUCUUUAUUUGUGAUGACCUUAAAUGCAGCUAGUCCAGAUUCACUCUUGGAGUCGUACGUCUCAUUUGCUCGCCAUUUAAAGUGUCCAGACUAUUCGGUUAUGGAAACCCUCAGCUCAAAGUACUGGAAUGUAAAGGAAAAGAUCGCCAAUCUUAAGAUGCUUAUCACUGUAAAAAUUACCUGUUAUACGUCGUGGCUACUGGUCGUUGACAAUGUCACUACCAUGUCCUCUGUGCAUGCGAUGGUCUUUUGCCACAGGUUGGAGUCGACGCUUGGGCAAGGGGUCAGUUGCUGA